AUGUCUUUCCAUACUGAGAGACUAGAGCCGAGAGAGAAAGAAAUAUUUCUGCAUAUUGCUUGUUUCUUUAAAGGGGAGAAGGUGGAUUAUGUGAGGGGAGUUCUAGAUGCUUGUGGAUUGCACCCUGAUAUUGGAAUUCCACUUAUUGUUGAAAAAUCGUUCAUAACAAUUAGAAACAAGGAAAUUCAUAUGCAUGGAAUGUUGCAAGAGUUGGGGAAGCAAAUUGUUCGGGGACAACAUCCGUACGACCCAGAGUUCUGGAGUAGAUUGUGGCUUUACCAGGAUUUCCAUCGCGUGGCGAUGACAAAAAUGAAAGCACCGAUAGAAACUAAAGCCAUAGUUCUAGAUCAAAAGGAGGAUGGCUUAGAAUUCAAUCAGUUGAGGGGUGAAGAUCUAUCAAAAUUCGGAAGCCUGUAUUUCUUUCUAAUUCCCUAUGUUAUCUUUCCGUGGAAUGGUUAUCCUUUCCCUUCUUUGCCUUCAAAUAUUCAGCUACAUAACCUCGUCGAAUUGAAUAUGCCUGGCAGCAACCUCGUCGUAUUGUGGGAAGACAGUCAGCGUCUACCUUGUUUGAAAAGGAUGGAUCUGAGCAACUCCAAAGAAUUAAUGGUAACUCCAAAUUUUGAAGGGAUCCAAAAUCUGGAGCGGAUAGAUUUUACAGGAUGCAUAAACCUGUUGCAAGUGCAUCCAUCAGUUGGACUUCUUACAGAACUUGUAUUCUUGAGUUUGCAGAACUGUACCUGUCUCACCAGCCUUGAUUUCGGCAGUGUAUCAAGAGUAUGGUCUCUCAGAGUUCUGCGUCUCUCUGGUUGCAUAGAAUUGGCAAAGACUCCAGAUUUCACAGGAGCAUCAAAUCUUGAGUACCUUGAUAUGGAUCGAUGUAAAAUUUUAUCUGAGAUCCAUAAAUCUAUUGGGGCUCUUACAAAGCUUAGAUUCUUAAGUUUCAGAGACUGCACAGAGUUGUUUCCAAAUCCUAACAUCUUUGAUAAUAUGACAUCUCUUACGUCUCUGGAUCUACGUGGCUGUGGGAGAUUUUCAACUCUGCCCCUGCCAAGCACCACCCUCAAUUCUCCUUCUCCUCUGGAAUCAUUGAUUUUCCUGGACUUAAGCUUUUGCAACAUUUUGGUAGUACCUGACUCUAUUGGAGACUUAAAGGGUUUAGAAAGACUAAAUUUACAGGGAAAUAGGUUUAGCACACUUCCUACUACAUUCAAGAGGCUUUCCAAUCUAGCAUAUUUAAACUUGUCACAUUGUCACAAACUUAAAAGAUUGCCAAAGCUCUCAUCCAAGAGUGGCCAAUCAGAUUCACUGGAAAGGUAUUUUACAACAACAUCUGGAUCGCGUGAUCAUAGGUCUGGAUUAUAUGUUUAUGACUGUCCCAGGAUAGCUAAGCGGUUUGCUCUUGAGGAUCUAGACAUUCCAUUUAAAUGGCUAAAAAGACUAUUAAAGGAACCUCGUCAUUUUCGAUGUGGCUUUGACAUUGUUCUUCCUUUGCAUGGUAAAUAUGUUGAUUCACAUGGAAACCCUUCAAUUCCACAGUGGUUCAACCACCAGUUUGAGGAAGGUUCAGUAAUAAGGAUAAAUAACUCUGAUAUGCAAGUUGAUUGGGCUGGCUUUUCCUUUUGUGUAGCAUUUCAAGUAGAUAUCCGCCAAGCAGUAACUGACUUACAUCGUCAUUUUCAUUUGCCACCGUCAAUUCCUUUUUUUCUUUCUUUUGAAAGUGAACACACAGAAGAAUGCUUUGAUAUGCCGCUUAGUUUGGAACGAAAUAAGGUGGCUAGCUCAAAUUAUAUUUGGGUAAUCUAUAUCUCUCGUGAACACUGCCAUUUUGUGAAAACAGGAGCAAAAAUCACAUUUAAAGCUGGCAGUGGUUUGACUAUGAAGAAGUGGGGGUUCCGUGUGCUAACCAAGAAGGGCGUAGAAAGGACACCGAGAACACAACUUCCGUUGUUGUCCAUUGAGAAUGUAGAUGAAAGAAGCAGCAGAUUUGAGGGUAAAAUCAAGCUUCCUUACAAUUGGUUAGUUUCUUCUGAAGAUGAAGUUGAGAAUGAUGAAGCCAAGGGAAAAGAAAUCAAUCUCUUUAAUCUAGGCCUUUUGACAGGCCAACUACACUUCCAUUUAUAA